AUGAAUAGUAAUAUUGAUGAUUUUUCAAAGUUAAAUCCAAUUGUUUUUCAUUUUUGUGGUCAAGCAGUGCAUUGGGGUGAAAUGGCAUUAGAACUUUAUAAAGGAAAUAAAAUUUUUAGAGAAUCAAUGGAUAAAAUUGAUAAUUAUUUAAAAAUAAAUUAUUUUAAUGGUGAAUCAAUGUUAAAUAAAUUAAGAAAAUCAACAAAUGAAGAUAAAAACAAUGAAGACCAAUAUUUAACACAUUCAAUUUUAUUUAUGUUUCAAGUUUCAAUGUUUGAACUAUUAAAAAGUGAAAUGAUAUUACCAUCUUGUAUUUUUGGUAUUAGUUGUGGUGAAAUGGCAAGUUUAUACUGUUCUGGUAUUUUAUCAUUAAAAUCAGUAUGUGAUUUACUUAUUGAAAGAGCAAAAUUAAUGGACACAUUUUAUAAUUUAAACCCAAAUGGUAUACCAUUUUUCAUAAAAAUGGGAGCAGAUCAAUUCAAUGAAAAAUACUCUAACAAAUACUCAGAUCUUGAAGUUUCUGCCAAAUUUUCAAAUUCUUCAACUUUAAUGGCAACUUGUAAUUUAGAACAAUUUGAACAAUUGGAAAAAGAGUUUAAAGAAAAUAAUAUUUUCAUUAAAAGAAUACCUUCGAAAAUCCCUUUUCAUUCAUCAGCAUUAGAUUGUAUUAAAGACUAUGCUAAUAAAACUAAAGAUGUUGAAAUCAAAAAUUCAAAUUCAAAUUCAAUCAUUCAAACUUAUUGCUCAUAUAAUGGUAAACUCUAUGAUCAAUCAAAUCCAUUCAAUAUUUUUGAAAGUAUUAGAUCUUGUGUUGAUGCUGAAUCAAUAACUCAUGAUAUUAUUAAAAAGUUUGAAUUAAAUGGUGCAAAAAAACUAAUUUUUGUUGAAAUUUCCCCUCAUCCAGUUCUUACCAAUAUGGUAUAUGAGAAUGUUAAAUCCUCAAAGUCAAAUGUCUUCACAACAGUUUCUAUUGACGAUACUGAUCCAAAUGUAAUUUCUCUUUCAUCUCUUAAUAAAAACAAUGAUGAUAUUGUUCAUAUAAAUAAUAUUAUUAAUAUAAUUAAAAAACAUACUAAAAUAAAUAAAUAA